GUUAUUUCUUUUCUCAUAUCAUCCCCAAUAUUUUCAUCUUCAACCCUACCUCAUAGCUUAAGCAAAGGCUCCUCUCUCUCAGUAGAGAAUCUGAACCAUGUUUUAAUUUCACCAAACUCCAUUUUCUCUGCCGGCUUUCACCGUGUUGGUGACAAUGCAUUUUUCUUUGCAAUAUGGUUCACUGAGCCAUUAUAUGAUGGAAAUAACACCGUAGUUUGGAUGGCCAACCGAGACCAACCAAUUAACGGAAAGCUCUCUACCCUCUCCCUACAUAGAAAUGGUAAUCUUGUGCUAAAAGAUGCUGGGCAACUUAUCGUUUGGUCCACGGACACUAAGUUGACUUCUAUGGUGAAUUUGCAACUUCAGGACAAUGGUAAUCUUGUUCUUCUUACACUGGAUGGUGUCACUCUUUGGCAAAGUUUUCUUUCCCCAACAGAUACCCUUCUUCCUAAUCAACCACUCACUAGAGACACACAACUAGUCUCGUCGCGAAGCAAAAGCAAUCAUUCUUCUGGCUUUUACAAGCUCUACUUCGAUGAUGACAACGUCCUUCGCCUUGUCUUUGAUGGUCUUGACAUAUCCAGCGUUUACUGGCCUGCCCCAUGGAAAAUUAGCUGGGAAGCUGGAAGAUCGCCUUACAACACUAAUAGAAGUGCAGUACUUGAUGACUCGGGCAAUUUCAAGUCAUCUGAUAAUUUCACGUUCACGGCCUCUGAUUUUGGCAAUGGUCCGUGGAGGAGAUUGACAGUUGACGCGGAUGGUAACAUUCGAUUGUACAGUCUAGAUGAAAGGAGACGACAUUGGGUUGUUUCGUGGCAAGCUAUUAAUCAACCAUGUACAAUUCUUGGUGUUUGUGGACCUAACACCAUGUGUACUUAUGUUCCACAUGAAAAUUCCGGUAGUAGGUGCUCUUGCAUACCGGGAUACAAGAUCAUUAAUCACACAGAUUGGUCUUAUGGAUGCGAACCAAUAUCAAAUCAGUCUUGUGACGAUGAGGCUGGUUUUUUGGACCUUCCUCAUGUUGAAUUCCUUGGCCAUGAUAGCGAGAUCUUCAAAAAUUACACCUUAGAGAGGUGUGAAAAGGAAUGCUUGAAGUUCUGCAGUUGCAAAGGGUUCCAAUACAAAUUUGAACCGAGUACUGGUUUUUAUCUUUGUUACCCUAAGAUACAAUUGCGUAAUGGACAACUUUCUUCAAAAUUUGCUGGUUCCAUGUAUAUAAAAUUACCCCAACGUGAACUCUCCUCAUAUGACAAGCCGGUUCCACAAUUCAGAUUAGAUUGCUCAAGCCAACUCAGUACCCAGCUUGAAAGGCCUUACAAGAAAUUCCGUGAAAAUGGGACAUCGAAGUUUAUGCUUUGGUUUGCCACUGCAAUUGGAGGAGUUGAAAUCAUUUGUAUCUUGCUUGUGUGGUGUUUCUUGUACAGAACCCAAAAAAGGUCGGAUGCAACUAUGCACGGUUACCUUCAUGUUGAUUUUGUAUUCAAAAGAUUCAGCUAUGACGAGCUAAAGAAAGCAACGCAUAAUUUCACUGAAGUGAUAGGAAGAGGAGGUGGUGGCAUUGUUUAUAAAGGCGUAUUGUCUGACCAACGUGUCGCGGCAAUCAAAGUUCUUAAAGAGGCUAACCAAGGAGAAGCAGAGUUCUUGGCAGAGGUGAGCACAAUUGGGAAGCUAAAUCACAUGAAUUUGAUAGAUAUGUUGGGAUAUUGUGCCGAGGGAAAGCACAGACUUUUGGUGUAUGAAUAUAUGGAACAUGGAUCGUUGGCAGAUAAUUUACAAUCAAACACACUUGAUUGGGGAAAGAGGUUCAAUGUUGCAGUGGGUACAGCUAAAUCUCUUGCUUAUUUACAUGAAGAAUGCUUGGAAUGGGUUUUGCACUGUGAUGUGAAGCCUCAGAACAUACUUUUGGACUCUGAUUUCCAGCCAAAGGUGUCGGAUUUUGGCCUGUCCAAACUACUGAAUAGAAGUGGUGACAACAAUUCAAGCUUCUCGCGGAUAAGAGGGACCAGAGGUUACAUGGCUCCUGAGUGGAUAUUAAAUCUCUCCAUCACUUCGAAAGUAGAUGUUUACAGUUAUGGGAUCGUUGUGCUAGAGAUGGUAACCGGAAAGAAUGCUGCAACAGGCGUGGACGCAAUUAACAACGAAGGGGAGAUGGAACAGAGGAGGUUGGUUAAGUGGUUAAGGGAGAAGAUGAGUCAAGGGACUGCAAUGACAUCCUUUAUUGAAGAAAUCAUAGAGCCUACAAUGAAGGGUAAGUAUGAAACAAGUAUGAUUGAAAUUCUUGUUGAAGUUGGUCUGCAAUGUGUAGAGGAAGACAGAGAUGCAAGACCAACAAUGAAUCAAGUAGUAGAGAUGCUUCUACUCCAACAAAAUGAUCAUUAG